AUGGCUUUGGUGACAGUCCAGCGCUCGCCGAGUGUCUCCAGCUCGCCCCAAAGCUCUUGUUAUUUCGCGGGGAAAGGCGCUGCGUUGGUCCUGCCGCCAAAUGAACGGGCCAGACCAUCUCGACGGGUAUCCUCAGCAGGAUGCGAUAUCCAACAGCAUCUACAGUCCAUGUUUUACCUGCUCAGACCCGAGGAAACCUUGAAAAUGUUACGAAAAAUGCAAAUCCUCCAAAAUAUAUUCGGGGGACGAAAACGCGUCUUUAUAAGCUUCUGUGGUUUUAAACCGUCAGAAGAUGAGUAUAUCAUGAAAGAAUUUGGUAUAAUUGUCAUGAAAAAAAAGCCAUCAGUUAAGACUGGUUUGUUUAAGCCACCGUCCGAUUGGGAAAAAUUAACGAAUGAAGCCCAAAUUUCGUACAUUGAAAUGGAGAUGAAAUAUGGUAUUCCUUGGGGUAUU